GUCCCUUCCCUUAUCAGCACCCGCGGCCCCGGCAGCGCCGACGCAGGCGCACUGCACCGCGCCGCCGCCAUUUUGUGUCUGAGCCUGUGGAGCGAUUAAACCGUGCGCGGAGCUGCUUCUUUGGCGGCAGCGGCGGCGGCGGUAGCCGGUGCGGACGCGCGGAGCUCGCCGGAGACGCCGGGUGGCCGGAGCCGUGGAGCGGCGGCGGAGCGGGCGCCGCGGGGGGUGUGGCGCGAAGAAUGAUUAUGGACCUGAAGCCAACAAACAAGAUGCGCUAGUGGACAGAUUGCUGACCAGGGGCUUGAGAGCUGGGUUCUGUUUUCCCUCCUCAAACUGACUUUGCAGCCACGGAGAGGCAGGGGAAAUGGAAGGUGAUGCAGUUGAAGCCAUUGUGGAGGAGUCUGAAACUUUUAUUAAAGGAAAGGAGAGAAAGACUUACCAGAGACGCCGGGAAGGGGGCCAGGAAGAAGAUGCCUGCCACUUACCCCAGAACCAGACAGAUGGGGGUGAGGUGGUCCAGGAUGUCAACAGCAGUGUACAGAUGGUGAUGAUGGAACAGCUGGACCCCACCCUUCUUCAGAUGAAGACUGAAGUAAUGGAGGGCACAGUGGCUCCAGAAGCAGAGGCUGCUGUGGACGAUACCCAGAUUAUAACUUUACAGGUUGUAAAUAUGGAGGAACAGCCCAUAAACAUAGGAGAGCUUCAGCUUGUUCAAGUACCUGUUCCUGUGACUGUACCUGUUGCUACCACUUCAGUAGAAGAACUUCAGGGGGCUUAUGAAAAUGAAGUGUCUAAAGAGGGCCUUGCGGAAAGUGAACCCAUGAUAUGCCACACCCUACCUUUGCCUGAAGGGUUUCAGGUGGUUAAAGUGGGGGCCAAUGGAGAGGUGGAGACACUAGAACAAGGGGAACUUCCACCCCAGGAAGAUCCUAGUUGGCAAAAAGACCCAGACUAUCAGCCACCAGCCAAAAAAACAAAGAAAACCAAAAAGAGCAAACUGCGUUAUACAGAGGAGGGCAAAGAUGUAGAUGUGUCUGUCUACGAUUUUGAGGAAGAACAGCAGGAGGGUCUGCUAUCAGAGGUUAAUGCAGAGAAAGUGGUUGGUAAUAUGAAGCCUCCAAAGCCAACAAAAAUUAAAAAGAAAGGUGUAAAGAAGACAUUCCAGUGUGAGCUUUGCAGUUACACGUGUCCACGGCGUUCAAAUUUGGAUCGUCACAUGAAAAGCCACACUGAUGAGAGACCACACAAGUGCCAUCUCUGUGGCAGGGCAUUCAGAACAGUCACCCUCCUGAGGAAUCACCUUAACACACACACAGGUACUCGUCCUCACAAGUGCCCAGACUGCGACAUGGCCUUUGUGACCAGUGGAGAAUUGGUUCGGCAUCGUCGUUACAAACACACCCACGAGAAGCCAUUCAAGUGUUCCAUGUGCGAUUACGCCAGUGUAGAAGUCAGCAAAUUAAAACGUCACAUUCGCUCUCAUACUGGAGAGCGUCCAUUUCAGUGCAGUUUGUGCAGUUAUGCCAGCAGGGACACAUACAAGCUGAAAAGGCACAUGAGAACCCAUUCAGGGGAAAAGCCUUAUGAAUGUUACAUUUGUCAUGCUCGGUUUACCCAAAGUGGUACCAUGAAGAUGCACAUUUUACAGAAGCACACAGAAAAUGUGGCCAAAUUUCACUGUCCCCACUGUGACACAGUCAUAGCCCGAAAAAGUGAUUUGGGUGUCCACUUGCGAAAGCAGCAUUCCUAUAUUGAGCAAGGCAAGAAAUGCCGUUACUGUGAUGCUGUGUUUCAUGAGCGCUAUGCCCUCAUCCAGCAUCAGAAGUCACACAAGAAUGAGAAGCGCUUUAAGUGCGACCAGUGUGAUUACGCUUGUAGACAGGAGAGGCACAUGAUCAUGCACAAGCGCACCCACACCGGGGAGAAGCCUUACGCCUGCAGCCACUGCGAUAAGACCUUCCGCCAGAAGCAGCUUCUCGACAUGCACUUCAAGCGCUAUCACGACCCCAACUUCGUCCCUGCGGCCUUUGUCUGUUCUAAGUGUGGGAAAACAUUUACACGUCGGAAUACCAUGGCAAGACAUGCUGAUAAUUGUGCUGGCCCAGAUGGUGUAGAGGGGGAAAAUGGAGGAGAAACGAAGAAGAGUAAACGUGGAAGAAAAAGAAAGAUGCGCUCUAAGAAAGAAGAUUCCUCUGACAGUGAAAAUGCUGAACCAGAUCUGGACGACAAUGAAGAUGAGGAGGAGCCUGCCGUAGAAAUUGAACCUGAGCCAGAGCCUCAGCCUGUGACCCCAGCCCCACCACCUGCCAAGAAGCGGAGAGGACGACCCCCUGGCAGAACCAACCAGCCCAAACAGAACCAGCCUAUCAUUCAGGUUGAAGACCAGAAUACAGGUGCAAUUGAGAACAUUAUAGUUGAAGUAAAAAAAGAGCCAGAUGCUGAGCCCGCAGAGGGAGAGGAAGAGGAGGCCCAGCCAGCUGCCACAGACGCCCCCAACGGAGACCUCACGCCCGAGAUGAUCCUCAGCAUGAUGGACCGGUGAUGGCGGAGCCUUGUGCGUCGCCAGGACUGCUCUGGGCUGUGUUUAAACGGCCCGCAUCUUAAUUUUUCUCCCUUCUUUCUUUUUUUUGGCUUUGGGAAAAGCAUCAUUUUACCAAACAUACCGAGAACGAAAACUUCAAGGAUGAUGUUAGAAAAAAAUGUGAUUUAACUAGAACUUGCUGUCUGAUGUUAGCAAAUCAUGGAAUGUUCUGAGUCCCCGAGGGUUUACUGUGAAGUGCUGAGGACAGUGUUGACGACUAACUCGUUUUCCUAGAUGGAAAAGGAGACAUUGACCCCUCCCUCCAUGUGGUAAACCACUCCAUAAUGGCCACCAGGCUUCCCAGAGUUCUAUGGUCUUCUUCCCAAGAGAGUUUUUAAUUGUAAAUGCAUACUUGGGAAGGACUUAGACUUUUAAACUGUUUUUUGCUUUUGCUUUUCCCUGACUCCCUUUGCUUGGAGUCAGCUGCACACCAGUAGUAUGGCAUGCUACGAUCAGGUUCUGUCCUAAAAGCUUUGCCUCUUUCUUGGCAAAGUUUCUGGUAUGGUCAAGCUUGUAAAUAACUUUUUUUACAUUUUAAUCUUUUCCAUUAAUUAAGAGGUUGAAAAGAAGUGCAGUGUAAGAAAACCCAGCAUUUUAAUUACUUGCAAAUUAAGUUACCACAGACUCUGUAGUGUGUAAAUGUUGACAAGGAAUUGGAUCACAAUCAUGUAGCAGAAUGGCACCCAGACCACUGCCCACCAGUGACGGACACCCACGUGGCAGAUCAUGAUUUCCAGCCCACGGAGCCAGCAUUUGAAUCUUGUAUAAUUAACUUUCAGUUAUGAUUUCCCAUCGACAUUUUCUUUGCCCUGUUUGUAGCUGAUCGUUGUGUUUUAUAAAUCUUCUGUUAAGGCAGAAGGGUGAUUAUGAGUGGGUCACAGCAGCCCUUAUAAGCUGGGCCAGAAAAUUUCACUAGGUCAGUAAUUUAAACUUUGGAUCUUCAAAAAAUAAUAAUGUGAAGCAAAACCAACUAAAAAGUGAUUCUUGCACAUGAACUGUCACAUGUUUAAAAAUGUGUUUUUUAGAAAGCCUCAGUCUUACUGAUUUCAAACACUUUUUUCUUCUGUGUAUUGCUUUUAAGAGAGCCAUCAGUUAGCUAUCAGACUCUAGGUUGAUGCAUUUUGUACUUAGCUGUACUGUGUGAUAUUUUUCAUUAUUUUAGGAUGCCAACAUGAGACCUGUAAUAAAAUAUGUAAUGGGGUUGAAAGCUGGGGAGGAGGAUCUACUGCUGUACAGCUAAUAAAUCAUAACGGAUUAACAAGUGC